AUUUAUUAUCUGUAUUCUGUGAUUGUUUUGGUUUGCUUGAUUGGCGGGCACAUUUUUUACAAAUAAAAAUCUUUAACAAAACAAGUCCAUUUAUAAACCAAAAUAUGUGAAAUGCGAUACUCGAUCAUGGCUAUACCUUGUGAAAUGUUACUUCACCCGGAACUUCUAACAAACGAGCAGCUAAUACAGAUAAUUCAAGAGAGACAUUUGCGUGUACAAAAUCUGCACAGAAUGGCGCGAGAUGAGCUACUAGACUUGUUUCAUCAGUUUUGUGUGCCAUACGGCCAGAGAAAGUAUAAAGAUUCUGGGAGACGGAAACUGCUAAAUAAAGGCAGGCAGCCAAGUCCAGAGCCAGUUGUAACGUUGAACACGUUCAAUAUCAAUAAAGAGAGUAGAAAGUCCCUCCACUCGCCUUGUGAGAGACUCAAGCCACCGCCAGACAUACUGUCCUGUCAUAUGAAGAGGAUAAAGUUAGAUAAUAAGCUACAAAACAGUAAAAGUCCGUGUUUCGACGUAAAUGUACAUAAAAGGAAGAUGUCUGUUGAUGAUGUAUCCCCAAUGAUGGAGUGUUCUCCGCCUAAAAAAGAGAGGAAACUUAUAACAUGGCCCUAGAAUAAUUUUCAUUUGAUAAUUUAGAAGUAUCCAAGUAUAUCAAAGUCCAACUCCAUACAUGCCUACAAAAGGACAAUGAACUGAAUGAAUUUUGUCAUCUGUAUCUGUACAUUUUUAUCCACUUUCAUCUUCCAUUGCAAUUUUGAAACAAAAAAAUUGCAAUGGGUUCAAACACCUUUUCUACACAAAUUACACAAUAUCAUUUGUUUUGCUAUUGGUCAACAUUAUAUUUGCUAUAAGUCAACAUUUGUCUGACUCUCUUCUAUCUAUAUUUAUGACAUCCUGAAAUAUUGUCUUGGUUAUCUCAGGCUUACAAGGCAGGUCUGGUUUUUACAAAGAUUGAAAUUAAUUUGUUCUACAAAUAUUAUAAACGUGAAACUUUGUAUGGAUGUUUGUUUGUUUGUUACUAUUUUACGACAUUACUACUAAAGCUAUUAGGCUGCAAUUUGGAAUGGAAUUUUACUCUGGAUAAACCCAUAGGCUAUUUUUCAAUCCAGAAAAAUCCAUGGUUCCUACAGGAAUUGGGAAAAACUGAAUUCCACGUGGACAAAGUCGCGGGCGACAAAUUUAUUUAUGUAAUAGGCAAGUCACAAUAAAUAUAACAAGUCACAAAAAAGUUGUUUCAUGUGACUGAAUAUUUUUGAUGAACAAUAAAAAUCUAAAAAAUUCAGACAUAUUACUCAAACAUACAAUUUCUUGUAAAUACAUUAGAUUUAAGAUUAUAAGAUGUAUAUGAUGGAGUGGAUUGCUUUUAGGUAUCUCUUUUUAUCUGACCUUGUGAAUUUUUCAAUAAAGUUAAUUUUUAUACUUUAGUUAUUUGCUGUCAUUGUGAACUUAUAUUUUAAUUCAGUCCCUUGUACGAUAAUAUUAAAAACAUUGCUACAUUUUUAAAUGACUUUAAAAACAGGAGGAUGUUUCUCAAUUCAACCGUAUAUAUUUUUUUCUUGUACAUGUAUAGAGAAAAGUGACACUAAGUGUAAAUUUUACCUUCCACAAUUUAUACUAAUAUUAUAAAGCUGAAGAGUUUGUUUGUUUGGUUGAACGUGCUAAUCUAAGGAACUACUGGUCCAAUUUGAAAAAUUAUUUCAGUGUUAGAUAGCCCAUUUAUCAAGGAAGGCUAUAUAUUAUCCAUGAUGAUUAUGGCUCCAUGUGGGACCACUACGGCGUCACCGGGGGGUUUGGGCGAGCGCAGAAGCAUCGCCUGAUGAAACCCGAAGGCUGAAAUAAAGAUAGAGGACGGAACAACUCUCUAAGGGCGUCUCCUAUGAGACUCGGACCUCGGCUCAGAGAGCCAUCCAUUGUGCAUGAAGGAGUUUUGUCGGGAAAAAUCUUAGGCUCUUAUUCUCAUUGAUUUGCUGCAUUUAAGAGUUAUAUUGCAUAAAGUAAAAUGCAUUUUAUUUAAUACAGUUCUGUAAAUGUGCACAAGUGAAGUGGGAAUAAUCAAGAGAAUGUUUUAAGAUCGCUUUAUGUAACUAAUUCGAUAUUCUCGCCUUAAAAAGUUUUGCUAAAGUUGCCUUCACCUUCAUAAAGCUUAACAAGACUUAAAGGCCAGAUAUUAUUUUCUACCCUACACCUACACCCUCCAUACUUGUAAAAAAAUCUCUUACAUUAAAUACUUUAUUUAAUUUGUUAUCUAUUCAAAAAAUAUGAUUAGAAUUCAUAAUAAUGUUUAUUUAUAAGUAAGAUUAAAAGUCUUAAAAGUGUUCGUUUUACAAAUUAAUUGCAUAACCUUUUAGUAGGCAAAUGUACAUAAAUGUAAUGUUACAAACUAAUAAUAAUAAAUAAGUCUAAUUUUUAUUAAUUAAUUGUGGCACUGGGUUUUGAAAUUAAAAUAUAUUUUAAGAAAUA